UGAGUGAGUGAGUGAGUGAGUGUAGGACUGGCUGGAGGGUGCUGAUACGCACUCGGAACUAUUAAUACUUGUUUCCCCCCUUCUUUCUUUCUCCCACUCUUUCUGAACGACAGACAAACUCUUGAGUUUCCAUCAGUCCCAAGGCACCAGGGCACACGCAAAAUGCUAAGCCAGCUGAGCUGGGACGCCAUCUCCCUGGGCGGAAUCGCCUGGGGCGUGCUUGGGAUACUCGCAGCGUUGACCCUCCUCUACACCCUCUACAACCGCUACCUCCACCCACUUCGCCACAUCCCGGGCCCCCUCCUCGCCUCGCUGACCCCCUGGGUCCAGCUCUACCACGGCCUCCGCGGCGACCGCCACCUCUGGCUGCACGCGCUGCACGCGCAGUACGGCAGCCACGUGCGGGUGGCGCCCAACUUCGUGUCCGUCAACACCGCGCAGGGGCUGCACGACAUCUACGGCCACGGGAAGCGCCUCAAGAAGGCCGACUUCUACAACGCGUUUCCCGCCAUCAAGGGCGUGUACAACACGCACAACGUCAUCGACAAGACGGCCCACGGCCGCAAGCGCCGCGUGCUGAGCCAGGCGUUCGCCGACCAUGCGCUGAAGAGUAUGGAGGAUGUCAUGCUCCUGCAUGUGCGGCAGCUGUGUAGUGGGCUGGAGAAGCAGGACGGACCCCCCGUGGUGCAGGAUCUGGGCCGGUGGUUUAGUUAUCUCACGUAUGAUGUGAUGGGCGAGUUGUGUUUUGGGAAGAGCUUCGAUAUGUUGAUCGAGAGUAGUCGGCGGAGGUUGGUGGAGUUGGUGGAUCGCGCGGCCAAUCGGCAUUAUGUUUGUGGUCUGUGGAUGCCCCUCGAUCGAUGGCACCUGGACCAGAUCUUCAUUCAUCGGUUGACCAACGACCGCUGGAACUUCAUCAUGAACUCCCGCGUCGAGGCCACGAAGCGCGCCCAGGAGCGGACCCAGGCGGGCCACGACGCCAAACGCGAUUUCUUCUACUACCUGCUGAACGCCCGGGACCCGGAGUCCGGACAGGGGCUGACCACCCCGGAGCUCUGGGGCGAGGCCAACGUCCUGAUGAUCGCGGGCAGCGACACGACGUCGACCACCCUCUCGGCCACGGUGUUCUACCUGGUGCGCAACCCGCAUGCGAUGGAGCGGCUAAAGAACGAGGUCCGCGGGGCGUUUACCUCCGUCGAGGACAUUGUGUCGGGCAGCCAGCUCAACGAGCUGGUGUACUUGAAAGCUUGUCUGGACGAGGCGCUGCGGCUGGCUCCCGCCGUGCCCGGGGCGCCUCCCCGCGAGGUGAUGGAGGGCGGCGCCAUGGUGGACGGGGUCUUCCUGCCUGAGGGGACGGAUUGCGGGACGCCGACCUUCUCCAUCCACCGCCAGGCUGCGUACUACCGUCAACCGGGGGCGUACCUGCCGGAGCGCUGGAUCGAGGGCGCGACAUGUCAGACGGAGUUCGAGUGCUGGGAGACGAGUAAAGAAGACGUCGAGGUCGCGCGACGUGCGUUCUGCCCGUUCAGCAUCGGCCCGCGCGGCUGCAUCGGCAAGAGCAUGGCGUUCAUGGAGAUGCGACUGACGAUUGCACGGCUGAUCUUCCUCUUCGAUCUGGAGCUGGCCGACCACCGCGGGGAGGACGCCGAGGGCCACUUGGCGCUGGUGGAUCACUUCACCAGCGCGAAAGAAGGGCCCAAUGUGACUGUACGAGUGCGUACGUAGCCAAGCUGAUGUAAAUUGAGGACCAUCCAAGUACUGUACAUAAGUCCCUAAAUUCAGAU